AUGGAUGACAGUAUCCAUGGUGAUGUGCUCCUUGUAGGAGAAGGCGAUUUCUCAUUCUCUGUGUCCCUGCUUCACCAGUACUCUAGUGAUACACUGCAUCAUGUGACCACUACAAGCUUAGAGAGUGAAGACUCCAUUACUAAACACCAAGCUGCGGGGCAGUGUAUCCAACAACUUAGAAAAAAUGGUCUGACUGUACUGUUUCAAGUUGAUGCUACAAAACUCCAUGAUAACAUCAAUUUAAAAGGGAGAGGAUUUGACAGAAUUAUUUUCAACUUUCCUCAUGUGGGUGGAAAAUCCAACAUAAAGAAAAAUAGAAAGCUCCUUGAGGACUUCUUCCUGAGUGCUUCAAAUGUGUUGAAGGAAAAUGGUAAAAUUUUGGUGACAUUGUGCAAAGGUCAAGGCGGGUCACCAGCAGAUAAACCAAUGAGAGCUUGGCAUAACAGUUGGCAAGUGAUUUCUAUGGCAGCCAACGCUGGAUUCAUUCUGAGAAGAGCUGUACCAUUUCAGACAGGCAGUUAUAAGCAGUACAAUAGUACCGGGUUCAGAAGUCAAGAUAAAGGAUUCCACACUGAGAGGGCAAUAACCCAUGUUUUUGAGAAGGCGGAGAUAGUCCCUGUGCCAGAUCAGAAAUCUCUAAGGCAUCAUUUGUCUGACAAAGUCAACAGGAGGCUACAUGAGGAACCUGGCCACCCUGUAUUUGAGGUGAGGAGACAACUAGAAGAGAACCUUGUUACAUGUGAUGACUUCAUCAAGGUGGUUGAUGUGGGAACCCCUAUCUUGAGGCGACCAUUGGAAAAGUCGGUGAUAUCACCUGUGUUAUCACUAACACAGAAUGUGGAAUUACUUCACAUAUCAGAUUCAAAGGCAUCUAUCGGUGGAGAUAAUCCUUCUUCCAUAAUAUCUGAAGCAGCAGCAGACAACAAAACAUCACAAUGCGAUGAUGCUUUGGUGCAUUAUCACAAAUCAACACUCCAGGACGACUCGUCAUCGCUUGACCUAACUGUUUCGUGUGGCGAUACACUCACAUGUGACAUGCACACAAGUCAAUGUUUUUAUCUGGGCUACAGAAAUCAGCUCACUUGUUAUGGUCCUAUUAUAGGAGAUCAGCCAAUAAAACCACGGAAUGAAGAACUGAAACAGUCUGAUUUAAUGUCAGACAUUAAAGAGGUAGUCACAGAUUUAGAGGAAGACACAGAGACAGGAAAACAACCAAGAGAAACAUAUGUCUCUACAGAUACCCAACCUAGCAACACUGGAAUAUCAGAAAACCAUGAACAUCUGCGAAUAUCAAUGCUGGAACAUUUAACUGACUUGAUACACCAUAUGAAACUUAGUCCAAAACAGAUUGUCAUAGCAACGGGAGAUGUAUAUAGGCGUGGCGAGAUCAGCCCCAAUAUACAACCAUGGUCAGUGGAAAUGAUUUGUGUUUUGCCAGAACUUUCUGAUGAAAAUAAAGAGGAAGAAACCACAGAAUGCAUUCCUCUAAAUUUUGAAUCAGUUUUUCUUCAUGCCGAUCAAAUGUGUGCAAAAGUAGCUUCAGCACUCGGAUCAUGUGGAAAGAUUCAACUAGAGAGAACUAGAAAACUGGCUACAUCAUCUACAGAUGUGUAUUCCGUUGGCAGAGUAAAUAUGAGUGUUCUUGGUGAUGAAGGACAGACAUGGAAGUCCAUCGGCUCAAUUUUGAUAUUAAGCCCAAAACAAAAUCCUCCACGAGUUAUUCUGGUGUUUGAUGUCAUCAAAAUGUGUAAAUGUUUGUAUCAAAUUCCAAACGAGUUGCUUCUCUGGUCAGCUGAUAGAAGGGUAACCCAACAGUUCAAAAGGAAAGAUUGUGAUUGGCCAAUAUUUGAAACUGUUAGUUUAUAUCCAAUGACAUUUACUUUUGACAUGAGUUUCUGGGUGAAACCUGAGGGAGAAUUUGAUACCCUGCUAUACCUUGACAUCAUCAGGAGUGUCGCAGGCGAUCAGAUAUUAUCAGUACAAUUAUUAGAAAUGUAUGAGGAUGUAGAGACAAACAGGCCUAGUCGACGUCAUAGUCGGUGUUACAGAUUGAUCUUCAUGUCACAUGAUCGAGUGUUGUCAUACAACACUUCCUGGCAAUUACAGAGCAUGAUACGACUGGAGGUGGCUCGGAUUAUGGAUGUUGAGCUGAGAUAAUAACUAAUGCAGAUUUAAUUUUGGUCUUGAAGGAGAUGAUAU